CCCCGCCCCCUCCACCUUCCCCUCCGCUCCUUUCGCUUUAACCAACACAUACAAUCUUUUCAUACUUCCCUACUUCCCUCCUCCCAUCUCUCGAGUACUCCUACUCCAUUGAAGCCAUGGAAGCCAUGGCCGCCCUGCUCCUCUUCGUCUUCCUCUUGCUCUUCCUAUGCGGCAUCUUCAGCUCCCUCAUUUUCCCCUUUUCCCAGCUCCUCUCAUAUGUCCGCUCCCUCUUCUCAAAAAAUGCUUACACAAAUGAUGAUACAGACAAGAAGAAAGAAAAAUUAGACCUCCAAACAAUCUUCUCCAGCUUCGAUACCGACAACGAUGGCUUCAUCUCAAGGGAAGGGCUGGCCGAAUCCCUCAGCCGGCAUGGCUUCCCUGCCACUGAAACUGAGGUUAGGAGCAUGAUGGAGAAGGUGGACGCCGAUGGCGACGGACUCAUUAGCCUCACUGAGUUCAAAGAGCUUUACUUCGGCAUGUGUGGAGAUGAGAAAGGAGAGGAGGAGAAGGAGCUGAGAGAGGCAUUCAUGGUGUUUGAUGGUGAUGGCGAUGGGCUGAUCACAGUGAAAGAAUUAAGCUUGGUGCUCAAAUCUCUGGGUCUGAAGCAGGGAAACAGUGACGACGACUGUAAGGAAAUGAUCAAAAGUGUGGAUUUUGAUGGGGAUGGAAAGGUCAACUUUGAAGAGUUCAAGAGGAUGAUGGCGAAGGGAGGGAAGAUAUUCUAAUUAUACUAUCUUUUUAUUCAUCUUUUUCUUUUUAUUUUCACUUCUGAUUUUUGGUUUUUAAGUGUUAAUUGGAGUGUUGAUAGAGUUUUGUCUGGUAUUGUACUUAGCCCCUCUGUUCUAUUUUAUCUGUGUGCCAGGCCCCCUAUUUGAACUUGAUGGUGAAUUAAGCAGAAACAUGUCUAGUUUUAAUUCUUUUAGUUUUUGCAUACUUGGGGGCUAUUUGGUGAUCUAUU